AUGGCGGAUAGUUGCUCAUUACCAUAUAACGUGUCUUCGCAAGUAUUUAAUGGUAGCUUUUGUCUGGAACAGUUCGAUCGAAUAGCGUGUUGGCCAGCAACAAGAGCCGGUGCUCGUCGUACGAUUCCUUGUCCAGCGCACUUUUUUCCUAAUGCGAACGCUGAUGCUUAUGCUUCGCGAUUAUGUACAAAUAAAUCUCGAUGGGAAGCUCGAAGUAAUUAUGAGCUUUGUAUUGGUUGCUCACCGGAGAAUGUCAAUAUUACCGAUGAAUUUGGUAUACCAUUGGAUUACAUCAUCGCUCGGAAAUAUUUUAUUAUAUCUGCUAAUAUUAUUUCAGUCAUUCUUCUUGCAGUCGGGAUAAUUAUUUUAUUAGGAAAUAGUCGUCUUCGUCGAUGUUCGAGAAAUAUCCUUCAUGUUAACGUAUUCUUCGUUUUUCUUCUCCGAUCAGUAGUUCAGCUGAUUGCUGAACUUCAUAUGAGCAAGGGCUACUUUCCUCACAAUGUCUUCGAACGAGUCGAUGCAUGUAAUCGAACAACUAUUUACUUUAAAGAAGAUCAACUACUCGAUUGCAAACUGUUCACAAUUCUUAUGAACUACAUCAAUAGCAGUGUUUCCCACUGGUUUGUUUUCUGCGAAGCCUUAUAUCUCUAUCGAUUACUACGCGCGAAAGCAUACCGAGAUCGUGUACAUUGGUAUAUCUUAACUGGUUGGUUAGCGCCGUUGUAUUUAACAAUAAUCACGUACAUAACACGAGCUGUGAUGAGACAAGAUCUUUAUACAUGCUGGUUUGAGCCAUCGAUUUACGAUUGGAUACUUCAUGGACCGAACGUGGUUCUUCAAAUCAUAAAUAUCUUUAUCUUUACGUAUAUUUGUGUCCUACUCACACGAAAAUUGAAUCGAACUUCUCGGACAGGUGGUUCAUCGGAUCGGAAACGUUUUUCGAAAUAUAUCCGUUUGACUCGUUCAACAUUAAUCUUAUUGCCUCUAUUUGGUAUUCAUUAUUUCUUGUUCCUCUGGAAUAUCAAACCAUUUCUAAUUCCAAGUUUAAUCGUUAUUCAUCUGACUGUUCAUACAAUCUCAUCAUCAUUACAAGGCUUAAUUGUCGGGUUAAUCUACACAAUCAUCAACGCAGAAGUUCAACGUGAAGUGUUACGAAGUAUUGAUCGGUGUUUGACGCGGCGAUAUUCAUCAUGGCAACAACCGAAUUUCAUUCAUAAUUAUUUAAGUAAACUGGAAAAUGAGCGUUUAUAUUCAUUUGGAAGUUAUCACACACGAUCAUCGUCAACACCAGUACACUAUCGUUCGAGACAAUCGAGUAAUCCUAUACAAUUGAAUCGAUAUAUAAUACCUGAACGACAUAAUUCAAGUCCUUCCAACCGAUAA